GGUCUCGCCCGGCUUUCCCUCCUCGGCGCCCCUGAUCUCCACCCCAACGGGGGCUUCGGACCCUGGCGCUGGUCUCGGCCCGGCUCGCCCCCCGCCCCGGGGUCCAGUUUAGCGGCACUCCCUGGAUCUUUUCUGAACAACUCGCGCACCUGUUGGCCACCUUUGCAUCUUUUCGUGUCAUUUUCCUUCCACGGUGCAGUUUGUUUAGCCCGUUUGGUCCGGAGAAAGAGGCUUUGGCAAGCUUUGCUAGUGUUUGCAGGGUGUGAUUUCCCUAAGUUCGCUGAUUUAGGGACACGGGUGGGAAAAUUCACUCAAAAUUCAAAUCUGAGUUCGGCUUUACUCCAGACCAGCCCUUUUUAGGUGUUGCGGUGGGAAACCCUGCCCAGCGCCUGCUUCUGUGGGCUUGGUAGGACUGUUUUUGACACUGAUUGGCAGAGUUUUGUUGGACUGCUGGGAAACGCUGCCGGGAGAGUGCUGGGGGAACAACAGGCGAUUUUCAUGGUGGUACUACUUUACAAAAGACACGUCGAGUAAUUUGUGUUUGGAGGGAUGUCUUAUAAACGCUAAAAUGUGUAAGACUUUCUUUUAUCUUCUCUGUUCUUACUAGCCCUGAUCUUGUUCCAGCGUUACCACUGACAUUUAGAAAUUGUAACGAUCCCAAAAUCUACCUUAUGUUUUCCCUCCUCACCUGUAAAUAAUGAUAGACCUCUCACGAAUUAAGAGUGACAGCUGGUUGGUUUUGGGGGUACUCUUUAAAAUGUAAAGGAAUCAACAUCACCUGGGAACUUGUUGGAAAUGGAAGUUAUGGGGCUUCACAUUUAGAGAAUCAGAAACUCUGGGGUGGGGCCUAAUUAUGUUUUAAUUAGCUGGCUAGGUGAUUCUGUGCUUCCUGAAGUUUGAGAGCAACUUAAGUAAAAGUUUCUGUAGGAGUUCUCUCAAGUUUUCCCCGGUUGGAAUUGACUUCAAAGUGCAGCUAUGUGUUUUGAAUCUUUGAAAUCCAGUGGGAAAUCUGAGUGGUGCUUGGAGUAAGUGUGAAUUCAGGAUUCUGAAGAGAUAAAAGGGAGAGUGAAAACACUGGUUGAGUUAAACUGAAGCCUAAAAGAAUGUGUUAGUACCUCAAAAAGAAAAGGACUCUUGCUCACUAGUGGAAAGUUAAAGUCAGUACCUGUCCCAGGCUUUGCAGAGUAGAGGUACUAUAUGUUGAUUGGCCAGAAGAAUAGCAAUCCAGGGGUUGGUUAGAAGGAACAAAGCAAGAGCUGAACUUGCAGUCUACUAGUAUGAACAGGGGAGUUGGCCUGUUUGUGACCCCCUUCUCUUCACAAUGAGGCCAGAUGUUAUUUUGAUAGUGUGGUUGGGAUCGUAUCUUUGAUACCAUGUUAUACCUUCCUGCCUCUGUUAGCCUAUCCUUGCUUUGUUUCUGAUUCAUCAGUAUUUAAGUGCAGACUGUAUAGAAGGAGAAGGUUGGUGGGAAAGCCUGCAGAACUAGGAGAGACACUUGGGGCCCAGUUCUGCAUUUUUCUUCAUGGUAUUUCAAUCCAAAACCAUUUCGUCCUGACUCUGCCCUGCCCCAUAUCCACCCAUUUCAUCACAGACCAUAAUUUCCUCUGCAACUUCUAAAACUAGCUUCUUGCUGUGCCACUCAAUUUAGUAUUUAUGUUUUGUGUAAUGCUUUGGAUUGUAAUAUGCUCUGAGUCGUGUUUUGUUUUGAAUUGUCUGUAAGUAGAAGACAAGUAUAAUGUUGCAUAACCUUAUAGUAAAAUAUGGUUAUAAUGUUGGGUUUUGUAUGCUUAUUCUUUAUCGCCACUGUAACAUCUUGCUUUGUUGGAUAAAUGGGUGGGUCAUCUACCAUAAGUGAUUCGGGUCCAGUUCAUUUAUUUUCGUCUAGGUCCCCCCUCAGCAAAUAGGCUGAGGAAAUGGGAACAGUGUAUUGAUGAUUUGUCAAUUGUUAGGUAGAAGAGUAGGCAGUUUCAAAACAAGAGCCUGUGUUCUGAAGGGUAAAUUCUUGUUUGAAGCUAUAUUUUUCUGUAGCCAACAUAUAUCUGUUACCAGUGACUGGUUUCUUGAUUGCCGUGUAUGAUAUUGUAUAUAUGGGAAAAUGCAUUUUCAUUUUCUCUCAUGAUAUUAAGAAUGCAUCCUGAAUAUAUUCCUCCUUGUCUCUAGACCCAGAAGUCCCUUUAGCAGCAGCAAAGGAAAGUAGAAAUGGGUAGAUAUCUUGCUCCAGUAACUCAUAUAGAAAAGUAUCUUUUUCUAAAAAAGCAUUCUCCACAUGGCCUUAAUAGGGAAAUAAAGAUAAUUACUUUCAUUGCCAAGCUUUGGAAUCCCCGCUUUUCCGUGCAUCUAUCUAUAUCAUUUCUGUUGCCCUUUAAGAGAGAUUGCUUAUAUGAAUAACAUAUUUAUUGAGUUAUAAUGCAGGCACUAAUAUAAGCCUCUGCUUUCACGGAGCUUGCAUUCUAGUGGGGUUUACAGACAAGUAAAUAAUAUAAUUUCAGGUCAUUAGUGCUAUAGAUAAUAAAGUCCUGGAGAGACAGUGUUGGGGUGUACAAAUAGGGUGGUCAUUCUCCUGAGUAGAGACCUAGAUGUUGUGAAGGAGUGAAGCAACUGAAGGACUGGGAAGGCAACAGAGGGAAGAGCAAGUCCAGUAAAGGACUUCAACUUGGAUGUUGGAGGACUAGAAAAGUAAAUGUAGUGGGAACAGUGAGGCAGAGAAUGGGAAACAUCAGAUCGUUGCUUUAAAUGAGUUCUCAUCAGAUGCAGAAUUUAGUCCUACAAGAUUAUCAAUUUUGCCCCCAGUUUACUUCGGAUUAUAGUCUCUGACCAUGUGGAAUUCCCAGUACGCCAGGCAGCUGCCAUUUACUUGAAGAACAUGGUGACACAGUACUGGCCUGACCGAGAACCUCCACCAGGGGAAGCGGUAUUUCCAUUCAACAUUCAUGAAAAUGAUCGCCAGCAAAUACGUGAUAACAUUGUGGAAGGAAUAAUUCGGUCUCCAGAUUUAGUGAGAGUCCAGUUAACAAUGUGUCUCCGUGCCAUCAUUAAAUAUGAUUUCCCUGGUCACUGGCCAGCGGUAGUCGACAAGAUAGACUAUUACUUGCAAUCACAGAGCAGUGGAAGCUGGCUUGGCAGUUUAUUAUGUCUGUAUCAACUGGUGAAGACAUAUGAAUAUAAGAAAGCAGAGGAAAGAGAGCCUCUUAUAGCAGCAAUGCAAAUAUUUCUGCCUCGUAUUCAGCAACAAAUCAUGCAGCUCCUUCCUGAUUCCUCACAUUAUUCUGUUUUACUACAGAAACAGAUUCUGAAAAUCUUUUAUGCACUUGUUCAGUAUGCAUUGCCUCUUCAACUGGUGACUAACCAGACCAUGACAGCGUGGAUGGAGAUCUUUCGAACUAUUAUUGACAGGACAGUUCCUCCUGAGACUCUGCAGAUUGAUGAAGAUGAUAGACCAGAACUAGUCUGGUGGAAGUGUAAGAAAUGGGCACUACAUAUUGUAGCUCGUCUCUUUGAACGAUAUGGAAGCCCAGGAAAUGUCACAAAAGAAUACUUUGAAUUUUCUGAAUUCUUUUUGAAAACCUAUGCAGUGGGAAUUCAGCAGGUACUACUAAAAAUUUUAGACCAAUAUAGACAGAAAGAGUAUGUAGCCCCCCGUGUUCUUCAGCAAGCAUUCAACUAUCUCAAUCAAGGGAUUGUUCAUUCUGUCACCUGGAAGCAGAUGAAGCCACACAUACAGAAUAUCUCUGAAGAUGUGAUUUUUUCUGUGAUGUGUUAUAAAGAUGAGGAUGAAGAACUGUGGCAAGAAGAUCCAUAUGAAUAUAUAAGAAUGAAAUUUGAUAUUUUUGAAGAUUAUGCUUCUCCCACCACAGCAGCCCAGACUCUCUUAUAUACUGCUGCAAAGAAAAGAAAAGAGGUGUUACCAAAAAUGAUGGCAUUCUGUUAUCAAAUCCUGACAGACCCGAACUUUGACCCUAGGAAGAAAGAUGGAGCCCUGCAUGUGAUUGGUUCCCUUGCUGAUAUUUUAUUGAAGAAGAGUUUAUUCAAGGACCAAAUGGAGUUGUUGCUACAGAAUCAUGUAUUUCCACUAUUAUUGUCUAACCUGGGAUAUCUUCGAGCUAGAUCCUGUUGGGUACUUCAUGCGUUUAGUUCUUUGAAGUUUCAUAAUGAGCUCAAUCUGAGAAAUGCAGUUGAACUGGCAAAGAAGAGCCUGAUUGAAGAUAAGGAGAUGCCUGUCAAAGUUGAAGCUGCCCUUGCUCUUCAGUCAUUAAUUUCUAACCAGACACAAGCUAAGGAAUAUAUGAAGCCACACGUAAGGCCUAUCAUGCAGGAGCUGUUGCACAUUGUUAGAGAGACAGAAAAUGAUGAUGUUACUAAUGUUAUCCAGAAGAUGAUAUGUGAAUAUAGUCAAGAAGUAGCUUCAAUUGCUGUUGAUAUGACCCAACAUUUGGCUGAGAUAUUUGGCAAAGUCCUUCAAAGUGAUGAAUAUGAAGAAAUCGAAGACAAAACAGUAAUGGCGAUGGGAAUUUUACAUACUAUUGAUACUAUCUUGACAGUUGUAGAAGAUCAUAAAGAGGUUACUCAGCAGUUAGAGAACAUCUGUCUGCGGAUCAUUGAUCUCGUUUUACAGAAACAUGUAAUUGAAUUCUAUGAAGAAAUUCUUUCACUGGCCUACAGUUUAACCUGCCAUGGCAUUUCCCCUCAAAUGUGGCAGCUGCUAGGUAUAUUAUAUGAGGUGUUUCAGCAGGAUUGUUUUGAAUACUUUACAGAUAUGAUGCCUCUCCUGCAUAAUUAUGUGACAAUAGAUACAAAUACUUUAUUAUCUAAUCCAAAGCAUUUAGAAAUACUUUUUACAAUGUGUAGAAAGGUACUAUGUGGAGAUGCAGGAGAAGAUGCGGAAUGUCAUGCAGCCAAACUCCUUGAAGUCAUCAUUCUUCAGUGCAAAGGAAAGGGAAUUGAUCAGUGCAUUCCUCUCUUCGUUCAACUUGUUUUGGAGAGACUAACCCGAGGAGUGAAGACUAGUGAGCUCCGCACCAUGUGUCUUCAGGUUGCCAUUGCUGCCUUGUACUACAACCCUGAUUUGCUGCUACAAACUUUAGAACAAAUUCAGUUGCCUCACAAUCCUGGACCGUUAACUGUACAGUUUAUAAAUCAGUGGAUGAACGAUACGGAUUGUUUUCUUGGGCAUCAUGACCGGAAGAUGUGUAUAAUAGGACUGAGUAUCCUUUUGGAAUUGCAAAAUCGACCUCCUGCAGUAGAUGCUGUGGUGGGACAGAUUGUACCCUCAAUUCUUUUCCUUUUCCUUGGCCUAAAGCAGGUUUGUGCUACCAGACAACUGGUAAACCAGGAAGAUCGCUCAAAAGCAGAGAAGGCUGAUAUGGAAGAAAACGAGGAGAUUUCAAGUGAUGAAGAGGAGACGAAUGUAACCGCUCAAGCGAUGCAGUCAAAUAACGGAAGAGGUGAAGAUGAGGAGGAGGAGGAGGAUGAUUGGGAUGAAGAAGUGUUGGAAGAAACUGCCCUUGAGGGAUUCAGCACUCCACUUGACCUUGACAAUAGUGUGGAUGAAUAUCAAAUUUUUACACAAGCUCUGCUAACUGUGCAGAAUCGGGAUGCUGCCUGGUACCAGCUGCUGAUGGCACCGCUCAGUGAGGACCAGCGGAGGGCGCUGCAGGAGGUGUAUACCCUGGCAGAGCACCGGAGGACAGUAGCAGAGGCCAAGAAGAAGAUUGAACAACAGGGAGGCUUCACGUUUGAAAACAAAGGAGUCCUCUCCGCAUUUAACUUUGGGACUGUGCCCAGCAACAACUGAAAGAAGGAACAUCAGCCUACCGAAUGUCAUCACUAUAUUUUCCUUCACCGGAGGAAUGUGAAGGUCAAGGGGAGGACGACAGUGAGCUGCUUUUCAGCACCCUGCUGCUGUGCCGGAUAACUGACAUUGGGCAGCACAUUUAUCCACUCCCUCUUCCCCUUUGACCUUUCUCACCCUGGAAUAUAUAUUCUAAGCAGCUACUGUAAUGUAUGAAAUUAAAGAAGAACAAAAUCAGUGGACUGAAAAGGACAAAUCAUAUUCUCCAAAGGAUGAAAGACCAAGGUGGAUUUAAAGGAUUGAAUUGCACGUCUCAGGUUUUUGCCAUGCAGAAUCAAUGGAUUUAUGCGGAUAACAGUGCCUUCUGUUGUACAUGAAUUAUCUGAAAAAUUUUUUUGGAGUGCAUUGCAAUUUUUUUUAAAGCAUAAAACAUAUUUCUAGAUAUAAUGUAAACCUUGGCUAUUUGUUGACUUAUUCUGCAUUUUACUGUGUGAUUUUACUGUUAGGCAGUUAGUUACAAGUCACUCUGGUGUCAAAAACAUCACUGCUCCCCUUCUCACCCUGCUGCUGGGGGCUGUCUUCAGGGGUUGUAACAUGCACUGGCUCUGGUUUUUCAUUGUAUGUUUUGAGGCUUUCUUACUAAGUGUCUUAUUCCCUCUUCCAUCAUAUAUUUGAGCCUUGAAAGGGGUGGUGUUUCUAUUGGGGUCAGAAAAUAUGAGUAUAAAUUCCAUUUAUAACCUAAUAAGUGAAGGACUCAAGAAUUUCUUGGCAGCAAGUGGCAGGAACUCUUUAGUCAUUGGAAUUAACAGUAAGUCCAAGUAUAUUCUGAAUCAUGUACUUCAUUAUGUAAUGAAUUGGUAAUAAUACAAAAGCACAUUGAACUUCUGGGAGAAGGGUGCUACAUUAAGCACGUGGUUUCUGGAUGGGGGCUUGCAUUUUCAACAACUUAUCAUUCCAGCUAUGUUGGACCUGGGUCCAAAACAUUUUCUAACCUUUUUUAUCUAGAAAAAAUGACCCAAAUGAAUUUAACUUCUACUUCUCACACAUCUGAAUUUUCUCCUACCUAAUUCAUUCUAGCCUUUAUUAUAGCUCACUUUGGCUUGUUAUAUUCUUCAAGGGUUGGGAUAUUGGUCACUCUUCGAUGGUAAUGAUGCCUACAGAAAAUAUUGCAGAUGGAGGCUGUGGCUCUUUUUAUGAACAGAUUCAAGACUAGAACAUGGAUCAUAGUCUUUUCGUACAGUAAAGUGAAAGUGUAUUUUCCAAACUUAAUGUAUUACUGGAUGUGAUACAGUUUUCCAUUUUUGUGAAAUGUCUGCAGCUUCUAUUUCCCCUCAGUUACUGGAGGAAUUUUCUCCAGGUGCUUCCUCUAUUACCAUCCCUUGUUAAUAUUAACUCUUUUUAGCAUUUUAGGUUAUUUAAGUAGUUUUUACAGAAGUAGCCUAAGAAGCCAUGAGUUUCAGAGCUAAAUGGUCCCUUGCUUUCCUCUGUCCCUCUCUUCCCAAGGCAUUGAUAUUGAAUGUGCCAGCUGACAGAAGAGACAGAUGGCACUGGGGGGACAUUUUAGAUAUCUUAAGCUUUGAAACUCUUCUCCACAUGUCUAACAUGGUUUCUUUUAACAUAAAUAUGCCUUCACACUGGAUUGUAAAAGGCAUGUGAUUUUAUUUUUGUGAGGUAUUGUCUUCUACAGUAUUAAAGGGAAACAGAUAUUAAUGUGUAUCAUCCUAUCUUGUUUUUGAAGCCAGGGUAGUUGUAUAAUUUUGUUACCAGCAGUGCUAACCUGAAUGUGAUCUGGUUACCUUGGAAAUGCAGGAACUUAUAUGAAUGUACUGUAAAAUAAAACAUGGACUGAUUCCCAGGA